AUGGCAACGCGGGCCCUGUGGGGAAGAGGCCGCCGCCGCCUCCGCCGCGGCCUAAGCGCCAUGGAGAGCGGCGGCGGCGGCGGCUUGACCAGCGGCGGGGCUCCGCGGAACCCCGAAGAGCCCGGGCCAGCCUUUCCCAGGCCCCCCAGCGGGAACCCCCCCGUCCUCCCGACAGAAAAACCACAGUUUGCUGCCUUGAAUGAGGAACCUGCCACACUUUGUUUCAAUGAAGAUGAUUAUUAUUGUCCUGUUUGCCAAGAUGUAUUUAAAACACCUGUGAGGAUUUCCAUUUGCCAGCAUGUAUUUUGCAGGAAAUGUUUCUUAAUGGCUAUGAAAGGAGGAGGAACACAUUGUCCAUUGUGCAGAGGCAUUGUAACUGGAAAAGAAGAAUCACGUCCCAACAGAGCCAUAGAUAUUGAAAACAGCAUGAAAAAGUUCGUUGGAAGCUGUAGAUGCUGUGGCAAACGGAUUAGAAUCUAUCGCAUGAGACAGCAUUAUAAAUCGUGUAAGAAGUAUCAGGAUGAAUAUGGUGUUCCUUCCGUAAUUCCAAAUUUAGAAAUAUCUCAGGACUCAACAGGAAACAGCUUUAGGAGUGAUUCUUCUACUUCAGAAAUUGGAGAAAAUUCUAAUCUUCAUGUCCUUGAGGAGGCUCCAAGUGGACAGCCUACAUUUAAAUGCCCUCUCUGUCAAGAAGAUAACUUCACAAGACAGAGUUUAUUGGAUCAUUGUAAUGACAGACAUCUUUAUCAAACAGACCCAGUAAUCUGUCCUAUUUGUGUGUCUCUUCCAUGGGAAGUCCCUAACCAGGUUACCAGAGAUUUUGUUGGCCAUAUAAAUCAAAGACACCAGCUUGACUACGUAAAUGUUAUGAACCUUCAGCUGGAUGAGGAGACUCUGUUCCAAAACGCAGUUGAAGAAUCUUGUCAAGUGAACCUUUGAAACCUAUCAUUUGCUCACAUCGCUGCUACCUGCCAGGAGGAAGCUGUAUCUGUGGUCCUAAAGUUAAUAAAAGGGAACUCGGUAUCUAUUUGAAUAUCAAUUGUUUGUUGUUUCCCUUAGAUGAGAUUCUCUUUUUAAAUGUUUCUUAUUUAAACCAAUGAAAAAACGCAUGCCAUAUUAUUAUAUUUCAUUGUGAAAUUUUCUUUUUUUCAAGUGAGAAUAGAAGUUCUUCAAAUAGCUGGGGAAAAUAUCACUGUCUUUGAAAGAAAACUAUCUACAGUUUUUCUAUUUCAUUUGCUUUGUUGAGUGUAUUUAAAUCCUGUUUUUUUUUCUUGCCAUGGAACAAGAGGUGAAAAAUAUUGCAAUGCCAAAUGUCUUUGAAUAUUUUUUCUCCUUUGCAUACCGAAUAUCUAUUUUCUAAUGUAUGUUACAAAAUUAAAUGGUUUUAUUCUAGGCCAUGGCUUAAUACCAGCCAUUUUCAGGAUAUAAUAUAGGCAGAUUUGCUUAAUUGCUGUGAAUAAUUAGCUAAGCCCCGUACUCACUAAGCAAUAUGACAGAAUAGUCACAUUCCAGAGGGUUGACGGCUCUGAUAUACUAUGGUUUUCCUGGCCAAUUUCAUUUCAGUGAUACAAGGACCUCUGCCACUAUGCAUUCCUCCAACCAGUUACUUCUAUUUUGUUACAACUCAUUUUUGUAUGUUGUUUCAAUGACUUCACAUGAGUCUGUUUGAGAACUGUUGUUUAUAACUUUUAGGAUCACAGAAUUCAUCCGAUAAGAUUUAUGAAAACGUUUCCUGGUUCUUUAACAAAAUAUGGGAUAGAAAUGUCAAAUUGGGGUUGCUGAUACGUUUAUAAUGUUGUCAUAUUACAAAUGUUCUUGCAGUAAUAAAUAAGAGGGGUUUUGUUAAGUUCUGUUUUGGGGUCUAUACGUAUCUUAGGUCAAUACCCAGUUGUUCUGACUUUAUAGAGAAGAAUGAUCUUACAUAUUGAGCAUAUCCAGAAACCAAGUGAAUGUCACCUGUUUAAAAUGCUCGGUCUUGGAUGAAAAUCACUCAAAUGUUAGUGAUAAUUAUGAUUAAGGAUGACUGGAUUUCUCCAGUAUUACCUAACUGUUGUUCUGUGUUUAGAUUAAGCCUUAGUUUUUGUUGUAGAUGUUUUAAAGAAAUAAAAGAUACUCAUUUGAGCCCUAA